GGGGGAUUAUUACAAAUGCGAUCCGAGAAUUACAGACCGAAGUUUGUUACGUACCAGGCUGAGUUGUAAUCAAUUUUUAGGUAUACAACAAACGUCUGGAACGAACCCCAAUCUAUCAUUUCCAUUCCAUUACUAUUAUCAACAUAAAAAACAAAAAUAAAAUGCCUUCGAAAAUGAAAGCUGUUGACAUCAAGGGCGGCACUGGCGACGCCGACGCCCUCUUCAUCAACGCCGACACGCCUGUCCCGGAGCCCAAGGAAUGCGAGGCGCUCGUCCGGGUCAAGGCCUUUGGCCUGAACCGGAUGGACCUGCUCCAGCGCGAGGGCAAGUACCCGCUGCCGCCGCACUACCCCAAGACCCUGGGCGUCGAGUUCAGCGGCACCAUCGAGUCCCUCGGCUCGUCGUCGUCAUCAGACUUCAAGCCUGGGGACGAGGUCUUUGGCCUGGCCUACGGCGGCGCCUACGCCGAGUACAUCGCGGUGAGCACAAAGAUGCUUCUGCACAAGCCGGCCUUCCUGUCGUGGGAGCAGGCCGCGGGCGUCCCGGAGACGUGGAUCACGGCGACCCAGGCGCUGUUCCUGGUCGGCGAGUUCUCCAAGGGCAAGACGGUGCUGUGGCACGCGGGCGCGAGCGGCGUGAGCAUCGCGGGGAUCCAGCUCGCGCUCGACGCGGGGGCGGCGGCCGUGUACGCGACGGCCGGGAGCGACGAGAAGUGCGCCUUCAUCGAGCAGGAGCUCGGCGCGACCAAGGCGUUCAACUACAAGCACCAGGACUCCGAGGGCAAGUCGGACUGGGACAAGCAGAUCCUGGAGGCCACGGGCGGCAAAGGGGUAGACCUCAUCAUCGACUUCAUCGGCGCCUCGUACUUCCAGCAGAACCUCAACGUCGCCGCGCGCGACGCGCACUGGGUCUGCCUGGGCAUGAUGGGCGGCAGCGUCCUCGACGGCGUCAACAUUGGGCCCUUGCUCUUCAAGAGGAUCCGCAUCGAGGGGACCACGCUCAGGAGCCGCGAGCCAGAGUACCAGGGCAGGCUGCGGGACAAGCUUGCCGAGUACAUCCCGCACUUUGACGAGGGGGGCAAGCUCAAGGUGCUGGUCGACUCGGUGUUUGACUGGGAGGACGUGAUCAAGGCGCACAAGCUCAUGGAGGAGAACAAGAGCAGGGGCAAGAUCAUCUGCACCAUCUCCUCGUGAAGCGGUGAGCGGAGAGGAGGCUGCACGGGCGAAAUGUCUUGUAGGGGAUACGUAUUAAAUCAUCAUCAUUGGCCACACACGUGUCAUC